AUGCGAGAUUAUUCAUCCAUUGAGCCACUUCUCACUCGCAAAGGGCCUUUCAAUGAAUUUCCUGACCUGUACAAUGCACCAGAUGCUUUUGACUCGCUUAAAACGAGCCGGGUAUUGGUAAUCGGCGCAGGUGGGUUAGGAUGUGAGAUUCUCAAGAAUUUGGCUAUGACCGGGUUCAGGCAUAUUCAUGUUAUAGAUAUGGACACCAUAGACUUGAGUAAUUUAAACCGACAGUUUUUGUUUCGUCAUCAUGAUAUAGGACAAAGCAAAGCUGAAGUUGCGGCAAAAUUUAUUCUGGAACGAAUAAAUGACCCUGAUUUGGAGAUUGUAGCGCAUUACAAGAAGAUUCAGGAUAUGGACCUUGACUUCUAUUCUAGUUUCCAGUUGAUUGUGAGUGGGUUGGACUCUGUUGAGGCCCGGAGAUGGAUCAAUUCAACAUUAUUUCAAAUUUUGCAUGACUACGACUUGUAUAUUCCAUUGAUUGAUGGAGGCACUGAAGGGUUUCGGGGCCAGAGCAGAGUGAUUAUCCCUGGUGUAACAUCAUGUUUUGAAUGCAGCUUGGAUUUGCUUAGUCCCAAAACCACUUAUCCUGUGUGUACAAUUGCAAACACGCCACGACUACCUGAACAUUGUAUCGAAUGGGCAAAUCAAAUGGAAUGGCCCAAAACGUUCCCUGGAAAGAAAUUUGAUGCAGAUGAUCCCGAACAAGUUGAAUGGAUGUUUCAAGUGGCCAAAAAGAGGGCUGAUGAAUUCAAGAUAGAUGGAGUAACCAAGAGUUUGACUUUGGGUGUUGUUAAGAAUAUUAUACCUGCUAUUGCCUCGACAAAUGCAAUCAUUGCAGCCAGCUGUUGCAAUGAGGCAUUCAAGUAUGUUACUUCGCUGAACCCAAUGUUGAACAAUUAUAUGAUGUACUCGGGAGAUGACUCAAUUUUUACAUACACUUAUGCUUAUACGAAAAAGGAUAAUUGCCCUGUCUGUGGCAAUGCUUAG